AUGUCAGCGGAGCGCUUGAAAUCGCUCGUUGAACAAGGAAAUCUAAUUAACUUAAACAUUGUUUCUGACUCAUUAGGUACAUUAUUACAUGAAAUAACAGCAAUGCUCGUUGAUCAACAAAGACAAAUCAACCAAAUCAACAAAGAUAUGGAAGAAAAAUUAGAUUCGAAAGAUUUUAACAGCUUUUCAAAUCAAUGGAGAAAUGACCGUGACGUUUUGUUUAGAUCUUUCCCCAAUUUCGAAGCAAAUAUUCAAAAAGUACUCAAAGACGUUGAUCAUAAGAACGAAGAAAUUCGCGAACACAUCGACCAAUCCAUUGACCAAGUUCUUAUGUCUGUUGACACAAGAAUUAUUGAGAAAAUGGGCGAUGGAGAGUCAGAUGUUGUUGUUCUUCAAAGCAGGAUAGAUCAGCUCGAGCAAAAGUUGAAGACUGCAUCAGGGUCAAUUACAAAACAAGACUUUGAUACAGUGAAGAAAAGAUUAUUGAAAGUUGAAAGUGAUCUUACUGUUGUAGCCCAUCCAAAGUUUGAUACAUCAAUUAUCGACAAAUUCAAAGACGAAAUGAACAAAAAAUUUGAAGAAUUAAAUAAUACAGUCCAAACAAGGCUUAUACCUGAAGAAGAGUUUGCAGCAGCAGGUCCAAACGGAGAAACAUCGAGAACUACAGGUAGCAAAGCAAAUGGAGACACAAAAUCCAACUCUGAUAAUAUUGAAGAAUUAACAAAGAAACUGGAGACCGCACAGUCCAAAAUCGAUGAGCUUAGUAGGACAGCCAUUACAAAGAACUCAUGGACACAAGAAGUUGGCUUAGUUGAGCGAAUGUUCGAAAAAAUGAGGACAAUUGUCACAACUUUGAAGGAUGAAGUCAAUUCUGCAUCAGAAAAGUUUGGACAAUGCGUUACUAAAACAGAAAUGCAAGCUUUCGUUGAAAACAUUAUUAUAGAUUAUUUGGAAAAGAACGACACUGUUUCGUCUCCACCUUUGAAGUGCACUAAUUAUGGAAGCGUUGGGUCACCUCAAAAUAGGAAACGAACUGGAAGUCAGUCACAAGAUGCGAAUAAUUCAACUCUUCCGGUUCUUUUAGUUCCCCGACGUUCUUAA